AUUACCUCCAGGCAGUGCAGGCCACCUCUGUGCUGGCGUGUAUAUUCUCCUUCAUUUCACUCUUUGUGUUCAUGGCUCAGCUCUUCACCCAGCCCAAGGGACAGAAGUUCAUUGCCGCCGGAGCCCUUCAGUUCCUCGCAUGCCUGUUCAUCAUGAUCGCAGCUUCCAUCUACACAGACCGCUUCCAUAUCGAUGAGGCUAAUGGGAAAUAUGGCCACAGCUACAUCCUGGCAUGGAUCGCCUUCGGUCUCACCUUCUUCUCUGCCAUUAUUUACAUUGCACUACGCAAGAAAUAAGGACAUUAGAACCAGCUGGCCCAGAUGAGUUUGUCUUUGUGUGUUUUAGAGUUCAGCUGCUGGAGUAAAUUCAGCUAAAAUUGCAUCCUCAGAUCGAUCUGCGUUUGAUUAACUGAGUCUGCUCAUGUAUAAGAUUUAAAAAUAAUGAUGCAAACUCAGUUCAUCACGACUGUUUGGGUGUAUUUUCAGCCCAGAGUUGGGCUGGAUUACUUCAGGGCAUCUAAGGAAUGAGAAUAUUUUAGUGGUAAACUGAACAGAAAAGGUUUUCACGAGAGGCCAUGAUGGUAACGCUUCACAACCAGGGUACGAAUCGAAAUCUCUUAGAGUCCCAUUUGUGACGAUUAAAUAAUAAACUAACACAUGAUCAGGUUUUAUUCAUAGAAGCAGUUACAGCUUCAUUGAAGUUUGCUGGAUUUUUGUUACAUAAGUUGUAAUUUGUGUUUAAGUUUGACCAGACGUGCAGUUUGUUUAUAAAGUAUUUCUGAGAGAGACCUCAGGUAUUUGAUUGGCACUUGUACUGUAAAGUGUUACCACAUCUCAUCAGUUAAUAUUUCUGGUUCAUAACAAAGAGUAAAACUUGUCUUUUAUGUACAUUUACAUAUGGAUAAUUAUACAGUAGAUAAAAAAGGGUGUAUUUUUAUUUUAGGUGCUGUUUAUGCAUUAUUUUAUUGUUAGUUUAUCAAUUUUUUUCUCCAAAAUAACUGUUACUUUACUUUGUCUAGUUUAAAUAAUCAAACCGUAAAAAGGCAGCAGAGCCGGUUUGAAGUUUUAAUGGAGGAGUAUGUCAAGGUAGACUAAUGCUGUUCAGACGGGGAGUUCAAAACUACUAAUAUCUUAUAGAUGAAUUUGUCUUAAAAGAUAAUUGUAAAAGAGUGACACUCAACCAAAGUUAGAUCGUACACAUAUUUUAUUUUGAAAAACUUCAGGCGAUGCAGAAUGCAACGAGCACUGUAAGGUUUCAGAGGGGCCUGUGAUCAAACACUCACGUUUUCUAUAAAUCAACAAACCAAACCUGUUUCUGGUAAAAUACCACACCAGAACAGCCUUUUACACACAUGGUUCAGUUAGAAGGCAACUGGUUUGAGUCUUUAAAACAUAAACUGUAAAUAUGAUUUAUUUUCUCACGAUGCUUUGUAUGUCUGAUGUUUUAUUUUUGCAAAUAUGUGUUCUAAAUG